AAAUAGGUGGUUAAACUCCAUUUAAAAAAUGAAUGCAGCAGAAAUUAGUCUGUAGCCUGUAACUUUCUGGUCACACACACACACACACAAAACUUUCUCAGCUUAAGAGGGCUAUCACACUGUCAACUGGACUUAACUUUUAUAGCUGUUAAAUAAACAUGUAAAAACGCUUUAUGGCUGAAUGGUCGUGGUGUUUUACAAAUGAUUGAUCAUUAGACACAGUGUGUCUGGACUCAUGUGACUCUAGUCUUUGAUGACCUCGCUCCAAAGUGGAAGGUUUGGAACAGUUUUUAAACACAGUCGUGUGACCCCCGUUUCAACCCGAACACGCUGCACUGUAGUCCCCUAAAGCAGCAGAAACAGAGCGAUAAACCGGCGAGAUGAAAGCAGGCGCUGUCUGCUGCGCUGUGCACCUGUGGGAGGAGUGUGUGCACCUGCGGAUACAAUCACAACUCUGCCUUGCUUAGCGGCAGACUGCAGCCUUUUUGCCCAAGCAGGACGCAGCAACGGAUACCUGAGCCAUGGAUGGAGAGGAGAAAUCCCCCGGCGACCAGGGAGUGCAGCUCCUGGACAUAAGCUCCAACCUGCCCCAUCCUGAGCUCAAAGGUGCGCAAGAGACCGACCAGCCGGAAAAGCCGCCGUAUUCGUACGUGGCUCUCAUCGCCAUGGCCAUCAAGGAGAGCCAGGACAAGAGACUAACCCUGGGCGGAAUAUACGACUAUAUUAUCUCCAAGUUCCCCUACUAUGAGAAGAAUAAAAAAGGGUGGCAAAAUAGCAUAAGACACAAUUUGUCUCUCAAUGAGUGUUUCGUCAAGGUGCCCAGGGACAGCGGAGGGGACAGGAAGGGCAACUACUGGAUGGUGGACCCAGCGUUUGAGGACAUGUUUGAGAAGGGAAACUACCGGCGGCGUAGGAGGGUGAGGAGACCCUACAGACCUCCGAGUGUGCCGUACCUGGCCGGGAACCCUGUGGAGUAUGCGGACGUUUACGUUCAUUGUGGGGGUUCUUGGGGGACAGCAUACCCGACACCCCAGGUCAUCACGGGGCACACCCGCAGCGUGUCCCCCAGCGGCCCCGUGAGCGCGUACUGUCCGCCCCCACACUACCCCCACCCUGCCUACGGCGCUUAUCAUCGCCACCCGCCCGUGCUGGUGCCCCACAACGGGUCUCCCUACGGCGGAGUGACCCAGCCGAUGAGCCCGAACGGAGGCAGCGUUUCCAUGGCCUGCAACUACCAGCAGUUCACCUCCUAUGCGAGGCAAGCGGAGGCGCCGCUUGCUCAUUCAUUUGAUUGGUAGGGUUGUGAGUUAUUCUCACCUUUGACAGCCUGUUCUUAGAUUUAAAAGUUCGUCUGUUUCACCAUUUCAGUUCGGCUGUCAUUUACUUGUCAGGUAAAGUUAAUUGUUCGGUUAUUUGAUAAGCUGAAGUCUGAAUUGCCUGACUGUUAAAUAAGUUAAACAAGGCAGGUUGCAGCUUCAAAUGCAAUUACAGUCGGUAGGACUCCUCGUUUGUUCAGAAAUAGCAUCGAUCAAGUGUGAUCUGCAGGAAGACAACUAAGUCUGAAGCUUAGUUUGUGCCUCAUUUAUUAGACAAUUAUUUUGCAACCAAAUAAACCUUUUUUUCUCUUUGUGUUUUUUUUUUACGUUCUUUUUACGUUUUCUUAUUUAUAUUAUGUUGAAUAGGCAUAUGCGUUUGUAUUUCUGUUUUAUUUAUUUCUUUUCUCUGGUUUGAUCUCCGAGCUGCUAUGCAACAGUUGGUGACACUGAAGCACUGAUCAGUUUUUGUAUUCGAUUAUGAAUGUUUACUCUAUGUAAAAUACAUCAUCUUUGUUCAAAUAAAAAUGUUAUUUUUGCAUCAAA